GCGGGGCGAGGAGCGAGGGCGAGCGGCGCGGGCAGCGGCAGCGGCCGGGGCUGCGCAGCAGGGGCAGCGGCGGGGGCGCGCCCGGCCCCGGCAUGGACCGGCACUAGGCAGGGAGCGCCCCCACCGUCCUAUGCGACCCGCCCCGGCGCCAAGAUGAAAGACGAUUUUGCAGAGGAGGAGGAGGUGCAGUCCUUUGGCUACAAGAGGUUUGGUAUUCAGGAGGGGACUCAAUGUACCAAAUGUAAAAAUAACUGGGCACUGAAGUUUUCCAUCAUCUUCUUAUAUAUUUUAUGUGCCCUGUUAACCAUCACAGUAGCCAUUCUGGGAUACAAAGUUGUAGAAAAAAUGGACAAUGUGACAGGUGGCCUGGAAACAUCCCACAGAAGAUAUACAGAAAAGCUCACAGAGGUGGAGAGCGAUCUGAAAAAAUUAGAUGACCAAGCUGGACAAAAAGCCAUGAAUACUAACACUGAACUGUCUGGCUUCAGAUCUGACAUUCUAGCUCUUCGCCAGCAGCUCCAUGACAUUGCAGAGAAAACUACCAGAAACAAAGAUACACUGGAAAAGCUGCAAGAGUCUGGAAGUUUAUUAGAUGAUAGACAGAGCCAAAUGAGAAGUGCCUUAGAUAGUAACUCUUUCAUGAUCAUCAGUGUCAAUAAGACUCUUCAGGCGUAUACUGGAUAUAUCAACAAUCUUCAACAAGACACAAGUAAUAUUCAAACAGACUUGCAAAACCAAGUGCAUUCUCAUAAUGUGGUCAUCAUGAACCUGAACAACUUAAACCUCACACAAAUACAGCAAAGAAAUCUUAUCAGUGUCCUGCAGAAGUCAAUGGAAGAUACAAGCUUGGCUCUUCUAAGAAUCAAGAAUGACUUUCAAAAUCUGCAGCAGGUAGUCCUUCAAGCUCGGAAGGACACUGACUGGCUUAAGGAGAAAGUACAAAACUUACAGACUUUGGCUGCCAACAACUCAGCAUUGGCAAAAGCUAACAAUGAUACACUUGAAGAUAUGAACAAUCAACUCAGCUCCUUCAGUGGGCAAAUGGAGAAUAUCACCACAAUUGCCCAAGCCAAUGAACAAAAUCUAAAGGAUCUCCAGGAACAGCAUAAAGAAUAUGAAAACAGAACUUCUGCCAAAUUCAACCAGCUAGAAGAGAGGUUCCAGGUUUUCGAAACCGAUAUAGUCAAUAUCAUUAGCAACAUUAGCUACACUGCUCAUCAUCUACGGACACUGACUAGCAAUCUCAAUGAGGUCAGGACAACUUGUACAGACACCUUGAGUAAACAUUCAGAUGAGCUUAUUUUUAUGAACAGCACACUAGCCAAUAUUCGCUUAGACUCUGCAUCUCUCAAGGUGCAACAGGAUUUGAUGAGGUCAAGGUUAGAUGUUGAAGUGGCCAAUUUGUCAGUAAUCAUGGAAGAAAUGAAGCUGGUAGAUUCCAAACAUGGCCAGCUCAUCAAGAACUUCACUAUCUUACAAGGCCCUCCUGGUCCAAGGGGACCUAAAGGUGACAGAGGCCCUCAAGGUCCUCUUGGCCCCUCUGGCUUAAAAGGACAAAAAGGAGAAAAAGGAGAACCAGGACCACCAGGACCUGCAGGUGAAAAGGGCCCACCUGGGCCAGCUGGGCCACCAGGAGAAAAAGGAGGGAAAGGUUCAAGAGGAUCACCUGGCUCCAAAGGUCAGAGAGGUUCUCCAGGCAAGACGGGUCUGCCUGGACCAAGUGGAGACCCAGGACCACCAGGUCCACAAGGCAAAGACGGUCCACCUGGGCCACAAGGCCCACAAGGAUUUCAAGGUCUGCAAGGAACUGUGGGAGAGCCAGGGGUACCAGGACCUCGAGGAUUACCUGGGCUACCUGGGAUCCCUGGGCUGCCUGGUCCAAAGGGCCCACCUGGUCCACCAGGGCCACCAGGACCAGGGAUGCUAAUGGCACUGCAAAGUGAACCUACGUCAGUGCCUGAGGCUAAUGGUUGUUCUCCUCAUUGGAAGAACUAUACAGAAAAGUGCUACUACUUUUCAAUGGAAAGAGAAAUUUUCGAAGGGGCAAAGUUAUUCUGUGAAGAGAAGGCAUCACGCUUGGUUAUCAUAAACAACAAAGAGGAGCAGCAAUGGAUAAAAAGACAGAUUUCUGGGAAAGGCAGCUUCUGGAUUGGACUAACAGAUUCAGAGAAGGAAAAUGAAUGGAAAUGGCUGGAUGGAUCCUUACCAGCUUACACGAACUGGAAAACCGGGCAACCUGAUAACUGGAGCCAUGGGCAUGGGCCAGGGGAAGAUUGUGCUGGGUUAAUCUAUGCUGGGCUCUGGAAUGACUUCCACUGUGAAGAUGUUAACAAUUUCAUUUGUGAAAAAGACAUGGACAAAGGGCAAAUAUUUGGAGCGUAAUAGACUGUGACUUCACAGAUACCUACAUAUUAUGGAAAUUUACUUAAAGACGAAGAAAAUCCUGGGAGCAAACAACACUGCCUACCAAAACUGAGAGAAAAAAACAAAAGCAAGCACUGAAAACUGGUUUAAAAGCAUAAAGGAAUUCAGUGGCAACUCUUCUCCAGCAUCCCGUAAUUAUUUGAGGCCUUUCGACCCACAGCAUCAGGAUAUACAGUUGGACUAAUUCUGUUAUAUAUUUUCUUCCCAACCAGUAACCAUAUAUGUAAGCAACUUUCGUCUCCUGAGAAAAGACAUUCUGUCAAUCUGAGAAAGACUAUUGGUCACUCAUAUAGAAAAACAUACCAACUGUGUAAACAGUACGUUUCAUUUGCUAAAAUCCCAAAUGUAGGAAAAUUAUACAGAUACACAAAUAUAUAGAUUUUAUAUAAAUAUAUAUAUAUAGUCCAACUCUUAUCAAUAAUAUGGAAUAUACUUUUAAGAGCUUUUAAAACUUUGUAUUUUUGUACAAAAUAUUGCUUUUUACAAUUGUUCUCGUUUUUUACUGACUUUUUUACAAAUAUAGUGCACAGGGGCCAAAGAAAACAAUAAAGGUACUAAUAAUUCAUUAAGUUUUGCUGUCAGGCCUAGCUCAGCUAUAGAGAAAUAUUUUUCCAGUUAGAAAUACUUGUACUUUCCCAGAUGAUUUGUUCUGGUUAAAUAACUUUUAAAGCAGAUUUUAGGUAGUGUUUUCCGUACUAUAUGCAGUCUAGUCUGCAUGUGUAACAAUUGAGUUAACUAAGGACUAGAUACUCAUUAUAGCUCUGAUCACAGCCAGAGUUCCACUGGGGUACUAUGUUAAUAAAAGCUUCUUCCUUCCUGCCUACUUGCCCACCUUCCUUCUUUCCAGCCUAUCUGCCUGCCAUUUCUGCCUGCCUUCUUUCCUGCCUGCCGUAUUUUGCCUGCCCUGCUUGCCUGCCUUUCUUCUUUCCAUCCUGCCUGCUUUCCUGCCACCCUGUCUUCCUGCCCUCCUUCUCCUCAUGAGAAAGGCCACAGAAGUAAAUCUCAGAAUUUUUAGAAUUAUUUUGAAGUGUUUUCAUUCCUCUCCCUUCUUGUGAGGGAUUCUACCCGAACAGGUGCUACCCACAUUGCAAGUCAAGCCUAAAUGAAGGAUUUUAUGAAAACAGAAAUAAAGGGGCUCCCCAUACUGAAAUAUGUUUCUUUUUCAAAAUUUGGUAAGAAAAACAUGCCAUGGUCUGAAAAUUCUAAUCAAUUUCCACUUAUCCAAAGGGGUUUGGAAAUUGAUGUCUGUUUUCCUGGACUAGUACUUCUCUCCCAAACAAAACAGAAAAUAAAAUACAC